GAAAACUUGUAAAUGAGAGUAUCAAUAGUGAAGGAAAUUGCUAGUGUUGGCAACUCGAGUGAAUGAUUUUUGGGCGUGAAAAUCUACUGGAUGGUUGAUCUGAUUCUGAUGACAAUGGAAAUAACCGAAGUUGAAAUGGACGGCUAUGACAGCCAAGGAUGUCUCCAUGAUAUGUUUCGGAGACAAGCGAGAAAAACUCCCAAUAAUCAGGCAGUUGUUGGAUGGUGGAACUUUAAAUACCUUGAUUAUGUGAGCGACUGUUUAGCAGUGAAACUUGGACAGUGUGGAGUGGGAGUGAAUACGGUGGUUGGAAUAUUAAUGGACAGACCUGAUGAUUUUGUUGUCUCCGUUUUGGGCAUACUGAAAGCUGGUAACAUAUUCUACUCAAUCCUUCCCUGUUCAAUCUACUAAUACUAUAUUAAUAGAAUAUCUUCUUCUUCUUCUUCUUCUUCUUCUUAUUCUUCUUCUUCUUCUCUUCUUCUUCUUCC